GCAUUUUAUCGCUUGUUCAGCAAUCGACGAAUCAAACAGGCCGAAACUGCUCGAACACGUGCCACGUACCUGUUCGCCGACGCACGGUCGCGCAGCACAGCGUGCAUGAUUCCUUUCGAGCUCGAAUGGGACGCGCCGGCUGCGCUUCCUCGCACGCGCGCGAGCCGAACCGUACGCGUGGCGAAAAGGUGCGAAAGGAGCCCGAUGUCGUCCGCCGGCAGGGCGGUGAACCCUGUAGAACGACUUGUCCGCGGGCACACGGUUAAUUGCCGGGGAUCGGUCGCCCCGUCACACGUGACCCUUGGAGAUUGGCAAGGACGGAAAGUGCCGCACAAUGGAUGUUCUUCCGAGAGGCGUCGUCAGGCCGGCGACAAAAGCCGUGAUUAGCGUGGUGGCGCGGAGGAGAAAGCGCCCCCCUCCCCGGCGCGCUCACUUUCGUCCCAUAUUGUCUGACCUAGAUCGGCGUCUUGUGGGGGGCGCAUCCUCACUCAGGUGAGGGCUGUCACCUUUGGCCCGGCGGAGGUAUUAAAGCGACAGUUGGCUCCGGAGAGCGUCGCACAUUCCGACAGCGCGGAGCCCGGGAUACGCACGCUCCUGUGCAUGUGCGCGUCUUCGCUGCCGAUGCGCGUCUGAUCUCCGCGUCCAGCAACGAUGAAGCUGCUGCUCGCGGUGGUCCUGGUGGCAGCCGGAGUGAGCGCAGGCUCUUCCAAGCUCCACGACGGUGCUUCGGGGGCCCGCGUCUUGCAAAAGCGUGCCUCGACAGGAGCCCGAGCCACAGGAGCAGCGGGCGAGUGGUGGAAGGUCUGGUGGCAGAACUACAUACCAGAGGUCACCGACCCCACAGCAGUGCCACACCUGACCACGCCCACGCCUGAAGGGUAUGGACCGGAACCGAGGCCACAACGUCCUUCGCCACGACCACCACCUCCAUACCAACCUCCACCUCCUGUCUCCAGACCUCCACCACCCUCGCCCAGACCCCCUCAAGGACCUCCACCGGUGGGAAGACCACCUCCACCUGGCCCACCGUACCAGCCUCCGGCGCCCGGGCCAACAGCACCAGCAACCCCUCCUGCUCCCAGACCCCCUACCAGUCCUUCACCUGUGGCGAGACCUCCACCUCCUGGUCCCCAGUACCGGCCUCCGCCACCUGUGUCCAGACCACCACCCCAGCGUCCUUCCCCACGGCCCCCACCUGCGUACCAGCCCCCACCUCCGCCUGUGUCGAGACCACCGGCACCGUUUCCUUCCCCGAGACCUCCUCCUCCGGGACCACCUCCUGUCGGCAGACCGCCACCGCAAGCGCCCUCACCACGACCCCCACCUGCAUUCCCCCCUGCACCUCCGGUGGCCAGACCUCCACGACCACCUCCUCCACCCAGACCCUCUCCAGGGCCCCCUCCGGUGGCGAGACCACCCCCCCCUGGUCCGCCGUACCAGCCAUCAGCACCUACGCCUAGACCACCACCUCGGCGCCCUUCGGGACGGCCUCCACCUGCGUACACGCCUCCACCUCCCUCGGCGAGACCACUACCACCUCCUCCUUCGCCGAGACCACCGCAAGGACCGCCUCCUGUUACCCGACCUCCACCCCCUUUUCCCCCACGGAGACCUCCUCCUGUGGCAAGACCGCCACCUCCUGGUCCUCCGUAUCAACCUCCACCGCCUGCUCCUCGACCACCACCACAACUUCCCUCUCCACGACCACCGCCUGCAUUCCCUCCUCCACCUCCUGUAGCCAGACCUCCACCACCACCUCCUCCCCCCAGACCACCUCCAGGGGCCCCUCCGGUGGCGAGACCGCCCCCCCCUGGUCCACCGUACCAGCCACCAGCACCUGCGCCUAGACCACCACCCCAGCGUCCUUCCCCACGGCCCCCACCUGCGUACCAGCCCCCACCUCCGCCUGUGUCGAGACCACCGGCACCGUUUCCUUCCCCGAGACCUCCUCCUCCGGGACCACCUCCUGUCGGCAGACCGCCACCACAGGUUCCCUCACCGCGACCCCCAACGGCAUUCCCUCCUCCACCUCCUGUAGCCAGACCUCCACCACCACCUCCUCCCCCCAGACCCCCUCCAGGGCGCCCUCCAGUGGCGAGACCGCCCCCCCCUGGUCCGCCGUACCAGCCACCACCACCUGCGCCUAGACCACCACCCCAGCGUCCGUCCCCACGGCCCCCACCUGCGUACCAGCCUCCACCCCCACCUGUGGCCAGACCACCACCACCGUUUCCUUCCCCGAGGCCUCCUGUGGGACCACCUCCUGUCGCCAGACCACCACCCCAGCGUCCUUCCCCACGGCCCCCACCUGCGUACCAGCCCCCACCUCCGCCUGUGUCGAGACCACCGGCACCGUUUCCUUCCCCGAGACCUCCUCCUCCGGGACCACCUCCUGUCGGCAGACCGCCACCGCAAGUUCCCUCACCACGACCCCCACCUGCAUUCCCCUCUCCACCUCCUGUGGCCCGGCCUCCACCACCACCUCCUCCACCCAGACCCCCUCCAGGGCCCCGGCCCCCGGUGGCGAGACCACCCACCCCUGGUCCGCCGUACCAGCCACCAGCACCUGCGCCUAGACCACCACCCCAGCGUCCGUCCCCACGGCCCCCACCUGCGUACCAGCCUCCACCCCCACCUGUGGCCAGACCACCACCACCGUUUCCUUCCCCGAGGCCACCUGUGGGACCACCUCCUGUCGCCAGACCACCACCACAAGUUCCUUCACCGCGACCCCCACCUGCAUUCCCUCCUCCACCUCCUGUGGCCAGACCUCCACCACCACCUUCGCCGCCCAGACCCCCUCCAGGGCCCCCUCCAGUGGCCAGACCACCCCCCCCUGGUCCGCCGUACCAGCCGCCAGCACCUUCGCCGAGGCCACCACCUCGGCGCCCUUCGGGACGGCCUCCACCUGCGUACACGCCUCCACCUCCCUCGGCGAGACCACUACCACCUCCUCCUUCGCCGAGACCACCGCCAGGACCGCCUCCUGUUACCCGACCUCCACCCCCUCCUCCCCCACGGAGACCUCCUCCUGUGGCAAGACCGCCACCUCCUGGUCCUCCGUAUCAACCUCCACCGCCUGCUCCUCGACCACCACCACAAGUUCCCUCACCGCGACCCCCACCUACAUUCCCUCCUCCACCUCCAGUGGCCAGACCUCCACCACCACCUCCUCCCCCCAGACCGCCUCCAGGGCCCCCUCCGGUGGCGAGACCGCCCCCCCCUGGUCCACCGUACCAGCCACCAGCACCUGCGCCUAGACCACCACCCCAGCGUCCUUCCCCACGGCCCCCACCUGCGUACCAGCCCCCACCUCCGCCUGUGUCGACACCACCGGCACCGUUUCCUUCCCCGAGACCUCCUCCUCCGGGACCACCUCCUGUCGGCAGACCGCCACCGCAGGUUCCCUCACCGCGACCCCCAACGGCAUUCCCUCCUCCACCUCCUGUAGCCAGACCUCCACCACCACCUCCUCCCCCCAGGCCUCCUCCAGGGCCCCCUCCAGUGGCGAGACCACCUCCCCCUGGCCCGCCGUACCAGCCACCACCACCUGCGCCUAGACCACCACCCCAGCGUCCGUCCCCACGGCCCCCACCUGCGUACCAGCCUCCACCCCCACCUGUGGCGAGACCACCACCACCGUUUCCUUCCCCGAGGCCUCCUGUCGGACCACCUCCUGUCGCCAGACCACCACCACAAGUUCCUUCACCGCGACCCCCACCUGCAUUCCCUCCUCCACCUCCUGUGGCCAGACCUCCACCACCACCUUCGCCGCCCAGACCCCCUCCAGGGCCCCCUCCAGUGGCCAGACCACCCCCCCCUGGUCCGCCGUACCAGCCGCCAGCACCUUCGCCGAGGCCACCACCUCGGCGCCCUUCGGGACGGCCUCCACCUGCGUACACGCCUCCACCUCCCUCGGCGAGACCACUACCACCUCCUCCUUCGCCGAGACCACCGCCAGGACCGCCUCCUGUUACCCGACCUCCACCCCCUCCUCCCCCACGGAGACCUCCUCCUGUGGCAAGACCGCCACCUCCUGGUCCUCCGUAUCAACCUCCACCGCCUGCUCCUCGACCACCACCACAAGUUCCCUCACCGCGACCCCCACCUACAUUCCCUCCUCCACCUCCAGUGGCCAGACCUCCACCACCACCUCCUCCCCCCAGACCGCCUCCAGGGCCCCCUCCGGUGGCGAGACCACCCCCCCCUGGUCCACCGUACCAGCCACCAGCACCUGCGCCUAGACCACCACCCCAGCGUCCUUCCCCACGGCCCCCACCUGCGUACCAGCCCCCACCUCCGCCUGUGUCGACACCACCGGCACCAUUUCCUUCCCCGAGACCUCCUCCUCCGGGACCACCUCCUGUCGGCAGACCGCCACCGCAGGUUCCCUCACCGCGACCCCCAACGGCAUUCCCUCCUCCACCUCCUGUAGCCAGACCUCCACCACCACCUCCUCCCCCCAGGCCUCCUCCAGGGCCCCCUCCAGUGGCGAGACCGCCUCCCCCUGGCCCGCCGUACCAGCCACCACCACCUGCGCCUAGACCACCACCCCAGCGUCCGUCCCCACGGCCCCCACCUGCGUACCAGCCUCCACCCCCACCUGUGGCGAGACCACCACCACCGUUUCCUUCCCCGAGGCCUCCUGUGGGACCACCUCCUGUCGCCAGACCACAACCACAAGUUCCUUCACCGCGACCCCCACCUGCAUUCCCUCCUCCACCUCCUGUGGCCAGACCUCCACCACCACCUUCGCCGCCCAGACCCCCUCCAGGGCCCCCUCCAGUGGCCAGACCACCCCCCCCUGGUCCGCCGUACCAGCCGCCAGCACCUUCGCCGAGGCCACCACCUCGGCGCCCUUCGGGACGGCCUCCACCUGCGUACACGCCUCCACCUCCCUCGGCGAGACCACUACCACCUCCUCCUUCGCCGAGACCACCGCCAGGACCACCUCCUGUUACCCGACCUCCACCCCCUCCUCCCCCACGGAGACCUCCUCCUGUGGCAAGACCGCCACCUCCUGGUCCUCCGUAUCAACCUCCACCGCCUGCUCCUCGACCACCACCACAAGUUCCCUCACCGCGACCCCCACCUACAUUCCCUCCUCCACCUCCAGUGGCCAGACCUCCACCACCACCUCCUCCCCCCAGACCGCCUCCAGGGCCCCCUCCGGUGGCGAGACCACCCCCCCCUGGUCCGCCGUACCAGCCACCAGCACCUGCGCCUAGACCACCACCCCAGCGUCCUUCCCCACGGCCCCCACCUGCGUACCAGCCCCCACCUCCGCCUGUGUCGACACCACCGGCACCGUUUCCUUCCCCGAGACCUCCUCCUCCGGGACCACCUCCUGUCGGCAGACCGCCACCGCAGGUUCCCUCACCGCGACCCCCUACGGCAUUCCCUCCUCCACCUCCUGUAGCCAGACCUCCACCACCACCUCCUCCCCCCAGGCCUCCUCCAGGGCCCCCUCCAGUGGCGAGACCGCCUCCCCCUGGCCCGCCGUACCAGCCACCACCACCUGCGCCUAGACCACCACCCCAGCGUCCGUCCCCACGGCCCCCACCUGCGUACCAGCCUCCACCCCCACCUGUGGCGAGACCACCACCGCCGUUUCCUUCCCCGAGGCCUCCUGUGGGACCACCUCCUGUCGCCAGACCACCCCCACGAGUUCCCUCACCGCGACCCCCACCUGCAUUCCCUCCUCCACCUCCAGUGGUCAGACCACCACCGCCACCUUCUCCGCCCAGACCAGGACCUCCUCCAGUGGCUAGGCCACCCCCCCCUGGGCCACCUUACCAGCCUCCUGGACCGGUACCUAGACCACCACCACCUCAGCGCCCUUCGGGACGGCCUCCACCUGCGUACACGCCUCCACCUCCCUCGGCGAGACCACUACCACCUCCUCCUUCGCCGAGACCACCGCCAGGACCACCUCCUGUUACCCGACCUCCACCCCCUCCUCCCCCACGGAGACCUCCUCCUGUGGCAAGACCGCCACCUCCUGGUCCUCCGUAUCAACCUCCACCGCCUGCUCCUCGACCACCACCACAAGUUCCCUCACCGCGACCCCCACCUACAUUCCCUCCUCCACCUCCAGUGGCCAGACCUCCACCACCACCUCCUCCCCCCAGACCACCUCCAGGGACACCUCCGGUGGCGAGACCGCCCCCCCCUGGUCCGCCGUACCAGCCACCAGCACCUGCGCCUAGACCACCACCCCAGCGUCCUUCCCCACGGCCCCCACCUGCGUACCAGCCCCCACCUCCGCCUGUGUCGAGACCACCGGCACCGUUUCCUUCCCCGAGACCUCCUCCUCCGGCACCACCUCCUGUCGGCAGACCGCCACCGCAGGUUCCCUCACCGCGACCCCCAACGGCAUUCCCUCCUCCACCUCCUGUAGCCAGACCUCCACCACCACCUCCUCCCCCCAGGCCUCCUCCAGGGCCCCCUCCAGUGGCGAGACCGCCCCCCCCUGGUCCGCCGUACCAGCCACAAGCCCCUGCGCCUAGACCACCACCCCGGCGCCCGUCAGGACGGCCUCCACCUGCGUACACUCCUCCGCCUCCCUCGGCGGCACCACCAUCACCUCCUCCUUCGCCGAGACCACCACCAGGACCUUUUACCCGACCUCCACCGCAAUUUCCCUCACCGCAGCAACCACCUGCAUUCCCUCCAUCACCUCCUGUGGCCAGACCUCCACCACCACCUCCUCCGCCCAGACCCCCUCCAGGGCCCGCUCCGGUGGCGAGACCACCCCCCCUUGGUCCACCUUACCAGUCACCAGCACCUGCCCCAAGACCACCACCACAGGUUCCUUACCCUCGACCCCCGCCUGCAUUCCCAUCUCCGCCCCCUCCAGGACGUCCCCCAGUGACAAGGCCGCAACCCCCUGGGCCACCGUACCAGCAGUCGCCGGCACCCCUUCCUAGGCCACCGAGCCCACCGACACGGCCGCCACCAUCCUUCCAGCCACCUGCUGGACCAGCGGCCAGGCCACCAUCACCACCUGCAAGGCCUCCCCCACCACCAUUCAGGCCACCGCCACCCGCCCGGCCUCCGACGCGACGGCCCCCUCCGGCGUACACGCCACCAACGGCCGCACCUGCACCGCCGCCUCCUCCUGGGUACCAGCCGCCUGGGUACCAGCCGCCUGUGUACCAGCCGCCCGUAGUGGUUGGCCCACCAGUGGUCGUCGGGCCACCAGCUGUGUACAUCGGAACACCUAUUGGAGUCGGACCACCGUACGGAAUCCCUCAGAUUCCCACGCCUUCUCCCGCACCGCCGAGGCCAGCAACCAGGCGGCCAGGUCCUGCUUACACUCCGCCCCCAGCAGCAGCGGGUCCCCCUGCUUACCAGCCCCCCUCUUUUCCUCCUGCCGCCCCCCUUCCUUCCUACGAGCCGUACCAGCCCCCUGCGGCAACGCCGGCACCCGCACCACGACCUACUUCAAGACGCGGCUAUCGGCCCACGGCAAAACCUCGGAAAACGCUGCCACCCAGAGGCCCUUCACCCUCUCCUCCUUUUGCAACCAGACCUCCGACACGAAGGCCUUUCCCCACAUACCCUGCAGGCCCGCCAGCUCAAGAGCCCCAAGCGCCUGCGUUCCCGAGACCCCCUCCUUCCACGCCGGGGCCACCUCCUGCGGCAAGACCACCCCCAGCCUAUCAGCCACCAUUCCCUCCGAGGCCUCCAGAAGGGCAGCGGCCUCUGCCCCCACCGCCGGUGCCGAGGCCACCGGUGUCCGGCUUGCCUCCGGCAUAUCCACCGCCUCCUUCCCUGAGGCCCGUUCCUCCGCCCACACGGCCACCACCCACGCUAUCCAGGCCCCCUCCGCCACCUGCUAGGCCUCCCCCUCCGCCUCCGCCGCGGCCCAUUCCUCCUCCUCCCUCCCGAAGGCCGUCGCCGCCUCCAUCCCGAGUCCAACGACCCCCUAUAGCGUACCUACCUCCGGACGAAAGCCCCGACUACCCACCCUUUGAGGGACCACCCUCUCGACCACCUCCUCCAAGGCGCCCGCCGACCUAUCCCCCAGCUGCACCUCAGGCACCGCCAUCGUACCCGCUGCCACGUCCGCCAACACCAGAGCCGCUACCUCCGCUAAGAAGGCCACAUCCGGUUUAUCCGCCUCCUAAUAAACGACCAAUGCCGCCUCCUCCCGUCUUUUUCAAGCCGAGACCGCCCCCUCCCCCGCCACCACGCAGGCCACCCGUUCAGCCUCCACCGGCUCCCCUACCGAAACCACCCGCGCCAGCACCACCGCAAUACCAACCCUCACCACCACAAUACCAACCCUCACCACCACAAUACCAACCUCCCCCACCGGUGUACCAGCCACCACCUCCGGUUUCGAGACCACCGCCAUCCCCUCCUGCGCCAAGGCCACGACCUCCUCCUCCAGCACCAAGGCCUCCAGCUAGACCACCACCAUCAUACCUGCCACCCCCUCCAGCCGUGAGACCCCCACCACCCCCUCCUGCUCCAAGGCCGCCACCUCCUCCUCCGGCACCAAGGCCUCCAGCUAGACCACCACCAUCGUACCAGCCACCACCUCCGGUUCCGAGACCACCGCCACCACCUCCUGCUCCAAGGCCGCCACCUCCUUCUCCGGCCCCAAGACCUCCAGCUAGACCACCACCAUCGUACCAGCCGCCACCUCCGGUUCCGAGACCGCCACCACCCCCUCCUGCUCCAAGGCCGCCACCUCCUCCCCCGGCCCCAAGGCCUCCAGUUAGACCACCACCAUCGUACCAGCCGCCACCUCCGGUUCCGAGACCACCACCACCACCCCCUCCUGCUCCAAGGCCGCCACCUCCACCUUAUCGACCCCCCCCUCCUGCUGCACGCCCUCCACCCCCACCACCACCAGCACCAAGGCCGCCUCCUAGAAGGCCACCUCCAUCAUAUCAGCCACCAGCCCCAGUGCCCGCUCCUCCUCUAAGGCCAGCGCCUCCUGCUCCAAGACCGCCUGCACCACGACCACCUCCGCCCUCUUAUCCUGCACCUGCGCCUAGGCCAGUGCCCUCCAGACCCCAGCCCCGACCACCAUCCCCUGCUCUUAGACCCCAACCCCCGCCAUCUCGACCCGUGCCGAGGCCUCAACCACCACGCCGACCACCGCCGGCUUACGUACCCGGACCCGCCUCGGGUCCUGCGCCUGGCCCUGCCCCUCGUCCAGUUCCGAGACCCGUUCCAAGACCAGGACCCUCUCCGACACCUGGAUUUGGACCUGGACAAGUCGUGUACCAGCCACCGGCGGUCUAUAUACCAUCGACUGUGUAUGUGCCGUCUGUGAUACCGGCUCAUGCACCACCACCCUCAUAUCCGCCGCCCCCACCUCCUGCUGCUGCUUUACCGGCACCGCCACCGCGUCCGCGACCUCUGCCGAGACCCCCACCAUCGUAUACGCCGCCCCCAGCUGCUCCGAGGCCGGCACCGCCCCCCCUUGCACCGAGACCACCACCACCACCACCGCCUCCAAGGCCUGCACCCCCUCCCGUUUCUAGACCGCCGCCAGCGUACACGCCUCCGCAGGCGCCACAAGCGCCUAGACCACCACCACCCCCUCCUUCAGUUCCGAGACCACCCCCGACAAUAUCUCGGCCUCUACCACCACCUCCGGCGCCAAGGCCUUUGCCCCCAAGGCCUAGUCCACCUUACCAGCCUCCUCCUCAAGGUCCUAGUCCUGCUGGCCCUCCUGCUCCACCGAGAAGACCUCCACAAGAAUACAGGCCUCCUGGUGGCUCACCAGAAGAGCAUCAUCCACCGGAUGACGAUUUGUUCCUAGUUGUGUUGCUUCCGAACGAAGGCGGAGGUGACGGCGACGAAGAGCUGCCCCCAGAACGACCCGCGCCGCCCCAGAGGCGACCCGUCCCAUCGGGAGGACCUCCUGGACCCCUGGGUCCUGCCAGACCGAGCUCUGGCUACCCUCCUGCAGGAGAGCCCCCAACUGGCCCACCCGUGGUGGUACCGCGACCCGACAGGCCUGGUCCGGAUGGCGAUUUCCCGCCUUGCAAAGUACAAGGGGAAAACUUCUGUGUUCUCACUAACGACUACCCAUCCGACUACGUGGGAAAGAUGGUGGAGCGCGACCUGAAGAAGAUCAAAAUCAUGUACGAGGAGCUGCAGACCGUGGGCGACCCCGAGCUGUUCCCCAACCACCUGGGCACCGGGCCUGCCGCGCGCGGAGCGUUCGCCUGCGAGACCGACGCGAAAACGAUGCGGCCUGGCUGGGCCAAGGACGCCGUCUCGGGCGAGUGGAUGCUCGUCAUCAACACGGACGCCUUCCCGCAGAAAGUGCGAACAGAAAGCUGCAGAUCACCCGACGAGCCGUGCUCCUUCAUCGCCCCGUUCUACGAGUCGACGUGCCAGCAGCGCUACAGCCUGCACCGGCUGCUGGCGCUGCACCCGUGGAACCCCGAGAGGAGCCCGCAGGUGACGCUCUUCAAGUUCCCCGCCGGCUGCUCGUGCCGCGUCGACGCCAGCGGAGGCGCCGCCCAGCCGCAGUCGUACAAGAAGUGACCACGGCUUCCUGCACUCUCUUGAGGACGCGCUCACUUUCGACCCAGUCGUCUACCUGAGAUGAGUUUGGUUGAGGCCUGCUCGCGACAGAUCCCCGGCUUUCGAUCAAAGAACGUGGGCAUUCUCUAGCCUUUUUCCCGUUCAGCAUUAUAUACCGAUGUGUCCCUUGUUUCGGUGGUAUGCACGAUUUUCUACGAUGGGUAGGCGCACUUGCUACCUAAGGUGCGACAACAUUGUCAGAUCGAGAAGCAUACGCGAUGCCAGCUUCUUAAUCCGUCGCAGGAUGGCUCAGUUUUUGAAAGCAGUAGCAACUAUUGAAUCACUUUGUAAUCCGGCCAUUAGCACUGGACACAGCUCAGUAGUACGGAAGCUGCAUGCGAGCUGAGUUUUGUCUAUCAGGUUUCUUACCGGAGCGCCAACCUUAUUAUUCAAGCACAAUGUUAUUCAAGUAAGAAUAAUAUUCAUCUAUGACUUCGUAAAAACGAUCUAAAAAGCCGGGUUAUUCUAUUGUGUUUCACUAUCACAGGAAAGCACGCAAGCGCGUGUGAUGGACCGCUAGUAUUCCUCCGGAAAACGACAGGCUGAAAUGUACAGCAUUCGGAUACAUAUUCCGUAUCAUUGCAAUAUCCGUACCGUAAGAAUUUCUUUAAACAUGUUUUAGAUAAGCGCAAAUAAGAGGUACAGCGCAUAUUACCACAGGAGUUUCUUUCACUCAUAAGCCAACGUGCUCCCAAUUGGGACAGCCAAAGUAAUUAUUGCACGAUUUGUUGAGCAUGACCAAGAGCAGUGUCUUCCUCAUAAACUCAGACAGUUACGAACACUUGUAGUAGAAACUUUGGCAACGCCUAAGUUUCACGAUCGAAAGAGUAUUCCUGCGAAGAAAUAUGGGCUCAGAUAAGAACCAUUUCAGUCCUGCAGUUAUCGACAAGCUUUCGUUAUGUAUGUCUGUAGUGGCGUGUCAUGUGACCAAAAAUUGCGUGUGCCUUCUCUGUGAUCAGCGACCUUUGAACCGAUGAUGGUCAAAAAUUGUUGCUGUGGAAGACCCGCUUGCACCUCGCAAUGUACGUCUACGCUUCCUGUGUCCCUGUGAUCACUGCCUCUUUUCUUCAUGCGCCUAUAUAAUCCAUGCGCUGCCUGAAACCGUGCUAAAUAUCGCUGUCUCAACUGGUAAGGAUUCCACCCGAUGCUGCAUGCUCCUUCGCGGAAGUGCUGUGUCUGUGCUCCUUUGUAGUUUUUGUUUCUUCCUAUUUUAUAACAGGGGGGACGCCGUGACGUCAUAGAAACAGGAGGGGGAAUGCCUGGGACUUGCGCCACAGUUUCCAUGCUCACCAGCAGGAAACUAUUUAACUUUCAUUUACAUGCCCACUAACGGCCACUCACUCUGAGAUGCCAGCUUCUGUUCGUCAUCUCUUUGCUUGCUGGGGUAGUAAGCAGAGGCAAGCGUAGAUGCAGCCCUCCAUGCUGUACUGUUCCCAGUGUGCAGUAUCCCCUUCGCGUUUCUAUAGAGCCCACGCGAAUUGCGACGUCCCCCUCACUCUGCCCUCAUCGCGAUGCGUCCCAGUAUUUCUUUAUUUCAAGUUACGUAUUCAGUGGACGCCAGAUGGCCCUUUCUCAUGGUUUUCAGACAAGGGUGCAAGCAGCGGGAAUGACUCUGAUCUAUGAAUGUAUGUUUUUCCUUUCAAUGCAGCACAUACUGCGCAAGUCGCAUCUAAUAAACAGUCUCCGAAAACGUG